GUAAUUUGGUUAUUGCUAUUUGUCCACAGCCUUUGUAGUUCGUAUUGUCAUUGUACAAAACAGCUGAUUAGAGAUUGAUAGCCGAAUGUGCUUGGACAUGGCGAUAUGUUCUCGAAUAUAUUUUAAUGAAAAUUGAAUCAAAACAAAAAUGGAUGUGGUCGGCCUCCUGAAUAACAUCCAUGAUAAAACGGACAUGUUUGCUGUUAAAACAUGGACCUCCGAGUGGACGAACAGUUUUCAAGAUAAUCAAUUGCUGUGGUCAUUUUGUGGUUGUGUGAUAGUGUCACUUCUCGUGGUAUUCUUCUAUUAUUACAAACGAUGUCGUUCAAAAGAGUUACUAGGAUGUGCGGGAACAGCAGCGACCGGAGAGCCGGCGAAACGAUUUCGAAAACGCGACAAAAUGCUCUUCUACGGGCGGCGAAUGUUGAGAAAAGUCAAAUCUAUAUCGAACUCUGGACAAGGUCGGAAACGACGCGCCGUCAUGAGGUUCGCGAGGAAACUGUUACAGCUCAAGAAGGAGUCGGCCCCUGAACAACUCAAGGUGUUGGAACCUCCAGCGGAAUAUCUAGAAGAAGAUUUGACAAGUGACGAUCGAGUACCGCCCGACGCGCUCUAUAUGCUACACAGCAUUCGAGUAUUUGGACACUUCGAGAAACCAGUCUUCCUAAUGCUCUGCAAACAUACCGAAAUACUUAAUCUGCCGGCUGGAUCAUUUCUAUUUAAAGUUGGCGAUACCGACGAAAACGUUUACGUCGUGCAAACGGGACGCGUUAACGUUUACAUAACGAAUCACGACGGCACCAGCCUCUCGCUGAAGAUUGUACGCGCCGGGGAGAGUGUGACUUCGCUGCUCAGUUUCACCGACGUCUUGACGGGUCAUUCUCAACCAUACAAAACUGUCAAUGCAAAAGCGUUAGAAGACUCACAAGUGAUAAAGUUGCCGAUGCGAGCUUUCCAGGAGGUCUUCAAAGAGUAUCCAGAUAUAUUCGUCAGAGUUAUACAGAUAAUCAUGGUGCGUUUACAAAGAGUAACAUUUACCGCGCUCCAUCAGUAUCUCGGGCUAAGUGCUGAACUGGUUAAUCCUGGUCGAGAUAAACGUCGCCCUACGACAAUGCCCUCUCCCGCAAAGACCGGUAAAGUUGUAGACAGCGGCACCACUAUGCACUCCCCUCACCACAGCGAACGAGCCGUUUCGGAACAUUUGCAGGAGGGUCAAGGGUCUUCACCCGUCCACAUUCAGGGCAGGAAGCCGAGACCGGACAUGGUUCCCGAUAUAACAUCUAACACCCCACAGAACACUCCACAGCUGCAGCCCGAUGUCCAGCCAACAUCAUCAUUCCAAAGACCCAGAGAAGGUUCCUCGUUUAAGAAGCAUCAUACUGAUAAUAUGGAUGAACAGGCUUUAAUACAAAUAGCGACUGAAGCCUUCGUCAAAGAGCUGGGUCUAGAUAACGAUCAAAUACUCAAAGGAAAUGUUCAAGUAAGGGACCUGCCCGCCGGUACAUAUAUCAUGAAGGAAGAGAGCCAUAAGCUCUAUUACUGUGUGAAGGGUGAGCCGGAAAUAGUUCAGGACGUGGCGCUCGUGUAUCUGCUAUCGGGCGCUUUGCUCGUAUCUCAGAAAGUCGCGGAGGGAGAGGGUGAAGUACAUAUGUUCACCGCGUAUCCGGGCGAAGUCGAAGGCGGUCUUGCUGUAUUGACUGGGGAGCCCAGCUUUUUCUCCAUCCGAGCGAAACAUUUCUCUCGUAUCGGUCUUCUGUCCAAGACUACGGUGUACAGCAUCAUGAGGGAGCGACCGUCGGUGGUGUUGCAUAUCGCGAACACAGUCGUGCGUCGUCUCUCGCCCUUCGUGAGACAAGUGGACUUCGCUUUGGAUUGGGUAUUCCUGGAAUCAGGACGAGCGGUGUACCGUCAAGACGAGGAGUCAGGGUCCACGUUCAUAGUGCUUAGCGGACGAUUGCGUUCCGUCAUAACUCAUCCCAACGGCAAAAAGGAACUUGUUGGUGAAUACGGCAAGGGAGAUUUAGUGGGCAUUGUUGAAAUGGUGACACAAACUCGUCGCAGUACAACAGUGAUGGCGGUCCGUGAUUCCGAACUAGCGAAGCUUCCAGAAGGUCUUUUCAACGCGAUUAAGCUAAGAUUCCCGGUGGUCGUCACGAGGCUCAUUAACUUGCUGGGACAUAGAAUCCUGGGCUCGUGGCAGAAGCCGACGGCGGGGCUGGGCGGCGCGGCGGCGAUGGAGUCGCGCGCGUCGCAGCACAACUUCUCCACCGUCGCCGUCGUGCCCGUCAGCGACGACGUGCCGCUCACCGCCUUCACCUACGAGCUCUACCACUCGCUGUGCGCCAUAGGACCAACCGUACGUCUCACGUCGGACGUGAUAAGGAAACUCUUGGGUCUCACUAUAAUGGACCCCAACAACGAAUACCGUCUCAGUUCCUGGCUCGCUCAGCAGGAGGACAAACACAAGGUGGCAUUAUACCAGUGCGACCCGAGCCUCACGCAGUGGACCCAGCGUUGUAUUCGUCAAGCUGACUGCAUUUUAAUCGUCGCUUUGGGAGAUAAGCAGCCGAGCAUCGGAAAAAUCGAAAAAGAAAUCGAACGUCUAGCGAUUCGAACCCAGAAGGAGCUGGUGCUGCUGCACCGCGAGGGCGGCCCCAACCCCUCGGGCACCGUGCACUGGCUCAACAUGCGCACGUGGGUCAGCCAGCACCACCACGUGCGCUGUCCGCACCGCAUGUUCACCAGGAAGAGCCAGUAUCGGAUUAGCGAGCUGUACAGCAAGGUGCUGAUGUCGGAGGCCAGCGUGCACUCGGACUUCUCUCGGCUGGCGCGCUGGCUCACCGGCACCGCCGUGGGGCUCGUGCUGGGCGGGGGCGGCGCGCGCGGGGCCGCGCACGUCGGCAUGAUACGCGCCAUACAGGAAGCUGGCAUUCCUAUCGAUAUGGUGGGUGGAGUGAGCAUCGGAGCAUUCAUGGGAGCGCUGUGGUGUAUGGAACGUAAUAUCACGACUGUUACGCAGAAGGCUAGAGAAUGGUCAAAGAAAAUGACGCAAUGGGGUAAACAGCUCCUUGACCUUACGUAUCCCGCCACAUCCAUGUUCUCCGGGAAACAGUUCAACGCUACCAUUAAAACUACCUACGGCGAGGUCCAUAUCGAGGAUCUGUGGUUACCGUACUUCACCGUGACCACUGACAUCAGUUCUAGCUGUAUGAGAGUCCAUCGGCACGGCAUGUUAUGGAGAUACUGUCGCGCUUCGAUGAGCAUCGCAGGCAUAUUUCCACCGAUUUGUGAUCCCUCCGACGGUCAUCUACUUUUGGACGGUUGCUACGUUAACAAUGUACCAGCGGAUGUAAUGAGAUCUCUUGGUGCCAAACACAUCCUAGCUAUUGAUGUGGGUUCCCAAGACGAUACCGAUCUCACAAACUAUGGAGACGACCUGUCGGGCUGGUGGUUACUUUGGAAACGAUGGAAUCCAUUCACGACACCGGUUAAAGUUCCGAAUCUUCCCGACAUUCAGAGUAGACUCGCUUAUGUAUCUUGCAAUCGGCAGCUGGAGGAGGUGAAGAAAUCCGAUUACUGCGAAUACAUCCGACCGCCGAUCGACGCGUACAAGACGCUGCAGUUCGGGUCGUUCGAUGAAAUCCGCGAGGUGGGCUACCGACACGGGUCCGCCUACUUCGAGGGGCAGCGGCGCGGGGGCGGCGGGGGCGUCAGCGGCGCCGCCGCCGAGGGCCGUCGGCACGAUGCGCCGCCCGCGCUCACCGACUACACGUUCACGGACCUGGCGCAGAUGGUGUGCUCGGUGCGCACGGCGCGAGACGUCGACAACGAGUCGUCGUCGUCGUCCGACUACGACGACCAGCGACACUUCGAGGGGUACGCGUCCGAGCCCAGCGGGGGGCUCCUCGAGAUGUCGUCAAGCGUAGAGGAUGGCGGUGCGUGGAUCAGCGACACGGAACUGGAGGGUUUGCGCACUCGUCGUGUAGGCGGAUCCCUCUCGCUAUCAGAGGACGAAAUGGACUCCGAAGCAGAGAUGUACGACCCCCUCAACAAACGUGGGGGAGGUAGAUGAGACCCGACCUUGCACGAUCUGUGCAAGGCGCUCUACAAAUACGUGCAAGAUGAGAAAGAGAGCGUUGAAUAGCUUCCUCGCUCGGCUGGAACUUUUAUAGUGACUAGUGUGUACGAAUGACAUUU